GAGGUUGUAGCAUUUUUGCACUCAGUAGUGUUUCUAAUGUAAGAGGAAAUAAAAGGCUGUCUGGAGUAGGUACAGGUUUGCCUAGCAUAGUACUGUGUGGAUGUUGCAAGAAAACAAACAUGCUGCUGCAUAAUUCAUAUAAUUGAAAGCCUGGUGUUUCAUCAAGGUAGCAGUUCUAAGUCCUUCAAAAUAUGGUUCAGGGAUACAUAGUAAUUUUAUCCUCUGUUGUUUCAUUUACAAUUUAUCUUUUGCCACUUGAUCACAUUGUGAACAGCCUGUUCAAUACUUACGAUAGGUUGAUGUGAACUAUGGAGAGGGAGUUGGUUCUCGUUCCUUGCAUCCAAGCAAGACCAAGGUGGAAUUGUUUGUUCUUUGCUAUUUGAGAUUACUGCUUGUUGCUAAUAAUGUUGCUGUUUUAAAAGAUUGCGAGAGGCUUGAGGUGAAGAGAGAGCUCUGGAGCCUCCAGCAAGGAAGUAGUUUUCUAGAUGGAGGCAUUUAUACUGUGAAAAAACAGGGAAUUCUCUGGUCAGAGAAUUCCAACUAGUUGCUACAAACCCUCACGUGGUUUCAGCCAAGAAUGAUGAAAGACUUUGAAAUUUAUGAAGUUCAGAUUUACUGUCAUGAUUUAAAAGACAUGCAGUAACUCAGGUAGAAGUUACAGGUUCAUUAGAGAUUAUUGGAUAUUUUCAUUUCUGUUAUUGCUAAAGGUGACUGGUGAUUGUGCCGUUUAUUUGUGGAGUCGGUCCAUUUAAUCAUUUAACGAAUGGUGGGAGAACAUGGAUUUUAGACACAAGAGUUUUCUAGAUUUAAUUUCUUAAGUUUUCUGUCACUUUGUAUAUGCGUUUUCUUCCAGGACAACAGAGUACAUAUUGGACCAAAGAUGGAAAUUCGAGUUGUCACUCUAGGAUUAGAUGGAGCUGGCAAAACAACUAUUUUGUUUAAGUUAAAGCAGGAUGAAUUCAUGCAGCCAAUUCCAACCAUAGGUUUUAAUGUUGAAACAGUAGAAUACAAGAAUUUGAAGUUUACUAUUUGGGAUGUAGGAGGAAAACACAAAUUGAGGCCCUUGUGGAAACAUUAUUAUCUCAAUACACAAGCGGUGGUGUUCGUUGUUGAUAGCAGUCACAGAGACAGGGUCAGUGAAGUAUACAGUGAACUUGCAAAAUUAUUAACAGAGAAGGAAUUGCGGGAUGCCUUGCUCUUGAUCUUUGCUAAUAAACAGGACGUAGCAGGUGCACUUUCGGUGGAAGAAAUCACGGAACUGCUGAGUCUCCACAAACUCUGCUGUGGCCGUAGCUGGUAUAUUCAGGGUUGUGAUGCCCGAAGUGGUACAGGACUUUAUGAAGGAUUGGACUGGCUUUCCAGGCAGUUGGUGGCUGCUGGUGUCCUGGAUGUGGCUUAAUUUUACAGUAGCUGCAAUUUAAGGUUGUACUUUAUGGUCUCGUUUGCAUGACCGGGAUGUUGUCACCAGGUCUGCGCUCUGAAGAGGGGACUUCAUUUAACUUGGUGAUUACAGAAAAAUAUAAGGCUUUAUCCUAGAUUGGAUAACUGGUUCAGUAAACUUCUGCUGUUACAGUGUUUUUGAAAGUUGAUAGUAGUGGAAUGGACUUGUUAAAAGGAUGUUAUGAAAUUCUUUUUGGAGAAAUUGUUACAGUUUAAAAUUCUUCCCUGAUAUUCCUUGGAGUUCGUACAAUAAUUAUAAUGAUGUUAUAGUAAAUGAUUAGUGUUAGAAAAAUUCAGAGUGGUUUAGAAAUACUUUCCCAUGAAAAUAUCCCAAAAUCCAUCUCAAGUUAUUAGAAUAGCCAUCUGUAAUAGUCAGAAGUAAAUGGUGCUACUCUUUAAUAUCUAAAGAAUCCAUUAAUUUAAAGGUGGCAUUCAAACUUAAAUGUAAAUACACCAUAUAAAGAAAGUGUUUCCCCUAUAUUUAUUAUCUUCCUUGUUUGUUAUCAGAAGGCAGCAUACCUGCAUAAAGAAAUCCCAGAUUGGAGAACAGUGUUGCAGAGCGAGGAGACUAUGGCAUAGUUUAGCUACUUGUUUUCUAUCUGGGGGACAGGGGUUAGUUGAGUUUUUCAUGCUAAAUUAUUUAUGGACACACUAUAGUGAUACUGAGGUGAAAGUGUUUUGUGCAUACUUGAGGACAUAAUCGGCCUUUAGAGAUUAAGUUUACUCCUCAAGAAGUCAAUUUAAAAAAAACUUCUUAAAGAAGUAGUGUGCUGAAAAGUCAGUCCAGCUAUGUACUUUUAUGUAGAAGUCAUGCUUCCAGAUUAAGGUAGUGGCCUUAAAAUAUUCAAUAACAUAGUGUAAAACCAGUGUACACCAAUUAUAACUCUUACUUAGAAGAGUAGGUAGUGAAAUGUGAUGUAAACCUACCGUAAUUAGAUUUUCAAUUCUUUUUGUAUCUUCUACAUGGAGCUAUUACCAGUGCCUCUAUUUUUGAAGAUUACUCAUUCACAAACCCAUGAAAUAUGGGUGUAGUGCUGUUUAAAUUUAGAGAAGGUUGCAAUGACGUAGUGAUGUCUGUUUUUCUGCUGGACAUGCAACUCUGCUAACAACUUUAUCUAUCUGGUAUGUGCACCAGAAUCUUCUGCCCUUCUCUUUUAGUGCAUGGCCACUGCCAGUUGAAGAAACCAUGCAAUGGGCUCUCUUCAUGUUAGGAGAGGAGCUAUAAAGAGCAUGACCAAUAGAUCAAAACUGUGUAUCAUCACUUUUCUUACUGGAGUACAGGUGAAUCAGGAGAACUGGACUGUGGAAGUGAACAGUGUUCCAUAGAUGUGGGGAUAUUUUUGCCACAGUGGAAAGUGUGCUUACCUGUGGGAGCUCUGAACCUCAUGGGGCAAAGGAAGCGUAUCCCAUUAUGUGUGGCUAUGGCUUUCAUUAUCUCCUUGGUUUCCUACUACAUACCUUAGGUAAAGCCAAGAAUGUAUAAACAAAUAGUUUUAGUACACUUGCACUUUUCUUUGGGUGGAAGCAGUUAAGGUAACUACUUCCUCAUAAUGUCACUUAUUUGUAUUUUUCUCUUGUUACUUAAACUUCAGGUAAAUGGUGUUAAAUGCAGCCUCAGAUUCAGCAAGUUCAGAUACUGACUUGAAUAGUACCUGAAAGAACACUAAGCUUCAAAGUAGUGUAAUGUUUGCGAAAUGAAUUUCAGUGCCUACGUAUAAUACAUAGGUACUGAGACAGGGAUUUACUCUUUUCUUCAGACAAGCUGAUACAUUUGGAAAUAGUUUAUAACAGAGUUAAAGGUGGGGUUUUUUGCACCUACCAAACUUUAAAUUGUUCCUCCUUCCCAGCCUGUAACUUCUUAAAUGAUAUACAGUUGGCUGCUCUGACUUGAGCAUCUAAUUAGCCUGUACUGCAGAGCAACCCCUACCUAGUUAGGGCUUACUAUCCCUUCACAGCUCUUUUCACAGUUUUUUUGAAAUACAGACAAGUUCUGCUAAGUAUGAUAGAUACCUUUUUCUGGAAUAUUUUUAACAGAAUACAUACAUUCUUUAGAAGAAUCUUGAUUCUAUAGUUUUAUUUUAGUUGGCUUAGGCUUCAGUUACACAUGCUGCUCAGUUCUAUUUCAAAAUAUUCAAGGUGACCAGUUUGGAUUUGAUGUAACAUUAUAUUGAGGGCAGAGGAAAAAUUCUCACUCAUGCAUAUUUUUGCAUACAAGUGAUUCCUUGUGACAUAUGGAAUGCUGCCACAAGAGUUUUUAAAUUGAAUUUAAGAUGACUUGAAGUAACUGUGAAGGUGUUACAUUUGUCUGUGAACUCUUCAGUGUAAAUAGGUACACUAAGAGGGCUAUUUGUAUACUGCUUCAGUUAUAAAUUUAAGCUUGCUUCCUUAGUUUUACUGAACUUUAGUUUUUAGUGUACUGACUUAUGCAAUAUGUAAUUGGAAUAUUUCCUCAACUAGAACUCACUCAAGCAUUACUAACUGUGAGGGUUUUUUGAAAAGAUCAAAAUCAAAUGAUUUUGACAAUUCUGAAAUUGAGUAAAUGCAACAUCCAGUGACUGUGUUGUGGCUUUCUUUGAAGAAUAUAAUCUCGAAAACAGUAUGGUUAGGCUAACUGAAAAGUAAUAUUUCAUCACUUGAUAUGGUCUUUCUGUAUUCUACCUUCAGAGUUACUGUGGACUGUGAGGGUUUGCUUCUGAGAGUGUUGGAGUAGAUGUGGAUGUUAUGUAAAUUUCUUGAAAGAAAGGGCUCUUUUAGUGGAGCUGCUGCAAUUUGAGUCGCCCAGAAAAUUAUUUCUUUUUAAUAAAUGUAUGUAAACCCUUGAGAGCUAAUUUUAAUAAACUUGCCUUUUUGGAUUUUUUAA